AGUCGCCGUUCAUGCGCUCGAUGCAUUGUACCUAUUUCCCCGGCCGAUGCUCACAUGCUGGUUUUUGUCCUACGCGCGAAUACUUCGAUUUAAAGAAAGUAUUGUAAUCUGUUGUAUCGAAUUUUAAGUCAGGGUUGACCAGUGGCUUUGCACUGGACCUUUAUUGAGUCGACUCAUCUUUUUAUGCCUGAUCCAUUUGGAUUCGAAGUGGGUGUUGCCACAGGACAAUGAUCGAGAGACCCGACGCGGCUGUUUCCAGCGUUGCACAGAGGAAUCUGGAGGGUUAUGUCGGCUUCGCCAACCUUCCCAACCAGGUGUACAGGAAGUCUGUGAAGAGGGGCUUUGAGUUCACGCUUAUGGUUGUCGGUGAAUCCGGAUUGGGAAAAUCCACGCUGAUCAACUCCCUCUUUCUGACGGACCUGUACUCCAAAGACUACCCCGGCCCAUCUCAAAGGAUCAAGAAGACUGUUCAGGUGGAACAGUCCAAAGUACUGAUAAAGGAGGGGGGUGUACAGCUCACACUCACUAUUGUUGACACCCCAGGCUUUGGGGAUGCCGUGGAUAACAGUAACUGUUGGCAGCCUGUCAUCAACUACAUCGACAGUAAAUUUGAAGAUUUCCUCAAUGCAGAAUCACGAGUUAACAGGAGGCAAAUGCCUGACAACCGGGUGCACUGCUGCUUGUACUUCAUCGCCCCCUCUGGCCACGGAUUGAAGCCUCUGGAUAUUGAGUUCAUGAAGCGUCUACAUGACAAAGUCAACGUCAUCCCUCUCAUCGCCAAAGCCGACACUCUCACACCAGAGGAAUGCCAGCUGUUCAAGAAACAGAUCAUGAAGGAGAUCCAGGAACACAAAAUCAAGAUCUACGAGUUUCCCGACACAGAAGACGAUGAAGACAGUAAACUCAUCCGCAAGAUAAAGGAAAAGAUGCCUCUGGCCGUGGUCGGUAGCAACGUGGUGAUCGAAGUGAAUGGCAGGAAGGUCAGAGGUCGUCAGUACCCCUGGGGCGUGGCAGAAGAGGGCAUUAUUGUGGAGAACGGUGAGCACUGUGACUUCACAGUCCUGAGGAAUAUGCUUAUCAGGACUCACAUGCAGGACCUGAAGGACGUGACGAAUAACGUUCACUAUGAAAACUACCGAAGCAAGAAACUUGCAGCCGUCACUUGCAAUGGGGUCGACUCUACCAAGAACAAAGGCCAGCUGACGAAGAGUCCCCUGGCCCAGAUGGAGGAAGAGAGGAGAGAACAUGUGACGAAGAUGAAGAAAAUGGAGACAGAAAUGGAGCAGGUGUUUGAAAUGAAGGUCAAAGAGAAGAAGCAAAAACUGAAGGACUCUGAAGCCGAGCUGGAGCGGCGUCAUGAACAGAUGAAGAAGAAUCUAGAAGCUCAGUAUAAAGAACUUGAAGAGAAGAGACGCCAGUUUGGGGAGGAAAAAGUCAACUGGGAGACUCAGCAACGCAUCCUCGAGCAACAGAAGCUGGACUCAUCAAAGACAAUGGAAAAGAACAAGAAAAAAGGAAAAAUCUUUUAAAGAGCCAAGAAGCUCCAUUUCUUCUCAAACCAGAAACUUGUUUUUCUGUUUGCAUCUAUUGAUGCAUUCAUGUGCCAUGACCCUCAAGAAUCACACACACACAUUGAGUCAGAGUGUGUUUUUAUUUAUGAAUUUAUGAACAGAAAACUCUAUCGCCCCCUUCUGGUCGUGACAUAUCACGUCUUUAAUUUGUUGUGUUAUAGAAUGCAUGCACUCUAGUGGUUAAUACCACUACAAAAAAUUUUAAGUUUAUUCAAGGACAUUUAAAGCAAAGCUUUGCAUUUUUGAGCUUUUACCAGAGGGCGGACAACUGUCCCCAUGUAUUUAGGCAGCUGUUUUUGUCCGAAUACACACGUUUUUGUUUGGGCUCAUUGCAUUCACACACCUCAGUGUUUUGAAGAUUGUCUCACGGCAGGUUUAAUGGAUGUGAUGGAGGAUGUCGAGAGAGGUGGAGGCGAGUUUAAAGAUGUACACGUACUGUUUCGUCCAGUAGCCAUAGGUGACAGAUGGAUUUUAUACAUACUGUAUUUGUAUACGUGAGGAAUUCUUAAUGGUAUAAGUGUGUUUGAGGUUUUUGGUGGCUCUGGUUUGUGUGUGUUUCUUUGGGGGUCAUAAAUCUAUUUUAACCCAUUGCACAGCUAAAUUAUGACAGUAACAUUUUUUCAUGUUUUUAGCCUGUUUGGCUGUGUAGGUAGAUAAAUGUUUCCCUACCAUAGAUGGUAUUAUACAAAAUGGCAUGGGUGUCCGCAUUAAUAAUAACAGUUGUUUUUUGAUAUUGUUAUGAGAAAUACUAUAUUGUGGGAUGUUCAAGCAGUUGCUGGAACUUUCUGCGCACAGACUGUUUCAGUAAUUCUGUCUGCUCGUUUUUUUUUUUACAUUCCUUGGUUUUCUAUUUUGAAAAGGUCAAAUGUUCCUCGGUUUCCUUUCCCAACCUGAUCUGAGAGCAGUUUUGUGUAAUGGUUGGGACUUGGACUUAUGCCUGUUGGGCUGGUCCUAGAUCAGGGUGACCUAAGUGAGUUCUGAAUAUUUUGCCAGAAUUUCUUUUAGCCACAUUUACCUACUCAGAAUACCCUUCAUGAUAAUCCUACAUAGUUCUUGUAUGCAAAUGACAAAUGAAGUGCUAUUUGAUUCUUUAGGACGGUUUAAUCGAGGUCAUUACAUGAUAAAUAGCGCAGAUGACUUACAUGGAUGCGCAGAUGCGAUCUGAUGCAUAAAGAAGUCGUCGCCUUCACACUAAAAGCAACAAACUAGCUUCAGCUCUGGCCACAGUUUGAGCAUCUGUCAUGUAGGAAGAGACAUCUGAACAAACUCUCACCAAUGCUGUAUGGCUCAUUCAUGUGCUGUAUGCACAUUCAUAUAUAUAUAUAUAUAUAUAUAUAUAGCAAUUUUGCUAUAAUGCAAGUUCUUGCUGUUGUGGAUUUUAGAUAAACAGUAAAGAAAAACAUUCCUUAAAUUUAACCACUUGUACCUUUUUUUAAAGUAGACACGAACAUUCUCAAAAUUAUUUCUUUAUAUGUUGUUUUUAUUGUUUUUAUGCGUACGGUUUUCAAUCUUCAAUCGAUUUUCCUUAUUUUAUCGUCUUUUUUCUGUCUAACCGUACAUUAUUAAACAAGAUGUUAUGCUAA